AAAUGCGGGGCAGAUUGUGUCAAGUUUCAGAAAGCAUACAAUGGUGAGAAGUUCAAUAAAGCAGCUCUCGCGCGACCCUAUUUGAGCAAACACUCGUGGGGAAGGACCUACGGGGAGCAUAAAAAAUAUUUGGAGUUUUCAGACGAGGACUUCAGAGAGCUGCGUAAUUAUGCAGAAAAAGUUAUCAAGAUCCCGUUCACUGCUUCAGCAAUGGAUUCCAAGUCCGUGAGUUUUUUGGAAUCAAUGAAGGUGCCUUUCAUCAAAAUUGGUUCGGGGGACGUUAAAAACAUUCCUCUAAUACGACAAGCAGCAGCAACAAAUAUACCUCUUGUCAUAUCGACAGGGAUGAGUGACAUGGAAGGAGUCCAGGAAAUCUAUGCAACAGUGAAGCAGUUACACAAGAAGUUCAUCCUCCUACAUUGCGUUUCAGCCUAUCCACCGCCCCCGAGAGAAAUAAACCUACGAGUUAUCUCUGAGUUCCAAGACCGUUUUCCAGACGUCCACAUAGGGUAUUCAGGCCAUGAGUGUGGAAUUGGAGUCUGUUUGGCUGCUGUGACCAAAGGCGCAAGGGUAAUCGAGCGGCAUAUAACCCUAGACAAGAAUCUCAAAGGCAAUGACCACCACUGCUCCCUGGAACCGAAAGAGUUCAAACAAAUGGUGGAGGAGAUCCGAACCAUCGAAGCUGCGUUGGGACAGAGGCAAAAACGGAUUCAGGACUCCGAACUACCUUGUAUUGCUAAGUUAGGCAAAACAAUUGUCGCGGCGACCAAUCUUUCAAAAGGCACUGUGCUGACACCUGAAUGCGUGAAGAUCAAAGUGGCCGAACCAAAGGGCCUGGAUCCAAAAGAAUAUGAGGGGAGGAGACUAAACAGGGAUGUUGCGGAAGAUGAGAGUAUAACAACACAAUGUGUGCAGACCUUAUGACAGUAAAAUCCGGAUUGAGUUUAGAGUCUAAAACAUCCUUCUUGAUGUAUUGCUGAUGAUCACAUUGAGAAAGAUUGGAACCUCACCUUUUGCUAACUUGAACUUGGUAUUACUUAAUGAUCAUACUGACCGUUAAAAAUGCCUUUAGUUGGACAGUGAUGGAUGAGAAUAUAAUGCACUUUUACAAAGAUUUGCACUUAAAUUCAAAUAAUAUUUUUCAGCUUGAAUCUAUCGAACUGGCUAAAAAAAUUUGUCAAAUCAUUGUUGCUGAUGGUGCAAGUGGUAUGCCUAAAAAUUUAAGCUACAGUAAUACCUUAAUUAUAUACUCAUCACUUGUCCGACCUGACGAUGAGGCAUGAUUAUCGUUUUAUCGUUUCCUUUGUUUUUUUUUUUUAUUACAUAUUUGAUGUAGUUUCACGUGUUUUUAUGCAUUACGAUUGGCCAAAAUUUCUGGAGUCCAGCUCACACACCUGUCAUAAUUCAUCGGAUAAUCAAGGUUUAGCAGUAUGGCUGUACGUAUACUGAAUUAAAACUUAUGUCUUCAAAAGCUUGAUACUUUAGUAAAAAAGAAAAAAACCUUGA